GCGCGGUGGGCGUCACCUGCGCCACAACCGGAAGAACUCUGUUAGCAUUCGGCUAAAAACACAGCCAGUUCUGUUGAUAAACAGAUUAAAAUCAUCUCAGUCGGUCUCUGUAAGCGUUUAAAGUCGAAUGAUCGAGGAUAAGAACGCGACUAAAGACCCACGCUGAGUGGAGAACGCGCAAUGGAUGACAGUAAGAUGGUGGCUGUUAAAGUGAAGAAGCCAGGCAAGCGCGGGCGUAAACCUGCUAAGAUCGACCUGAAGGCGAAGCUGGAGCGUAGUCGCCAGAGCGCCCGUGAGUGCCGUGCGCGGAAGAAGCUGCGCUACCAGUAUCUGGAGGAACUGGUUUCCAGUAAAGAGAGAGCCAUCUGUGCGCUGCGAGAGGAGCUGGACAUGUAUAAGCAGUGGUGUCUGGCCAUGGAUCAGGGCAAGAUCCCGUCGGAGAUUAAGGCUCUGCUAACGGGAGACGAGCAGAAAGCGCCGCAGAGCUCCAGCAACAAGAUCCCCAAGAACGGCAAGUUCGGCUCCACCGCGAACAAGACGUGUUAGGACCGGCCCGAGAUCCUGUACACACACACACACAGUGUUCCUGAGACGCCUCUUCAUAACCGGACGCCUCAGUCUUUAAUAAGCUUCAUUCCUCCCCGUAAUCUCCCGUUCACACUAGGAUGUUGAUCCGCCCGAUGUGGCUCAGGCUCUGUGUGUGACUCUAACAUUUCCUCUUCAUUUUACUUAUUUAUUUUGGAACCUUUUUGAUGAUGAAUGUGAUGCGUUACAAUCUGUUUAAUCCUUUACGACGUUAAAUAUUAGACAUUGUAAGACAGACUGUUGCCAAAAUCUUUUUGCACUUUACAACCAUUUGAAUGAUACCAACGCGUAGCACUUCCCGCUCUUAUUGAACACGCAGAUUUUAGUUCGUUGUUGAUUAUAUAUUUAUAUCACUAACUGAACCUAAAAGCACUUUCCUCGAAAAAAGCUCGAAUUUUUGUACUUUUAAGUUUUGGUCUUUUCCGCAGCCGAUCCGGAGAAUAGAAUUAUAAUCCCAAACCGGAGAAUAGAGUUAUGAUCCCGAACCGGAGAAUAGAGUUAUGAUCCCGAACCGGAGAAUAGAGUUAUGAUCCCGACCCGCUGCGAUCCGGAGAAUAGAGUUAUGAUUCCGAACCGAAGCUGAUCCGGAAAAUAGUUAUAAUCCCGACCUGCUGCGAUCCGGAGAAUAGAGUUAUUAUCCCGAACCGGAGAAUAGAGUUGUUAUUAUUCCGAAAUGGAGAAUAGAAUUAUGAUCCCGAACCAGAGAAUAGAGUUAUUAUCCCGAACCGGAGAAUAGAUUUAUGAUCCCGAACCGCAGCUGAUCCGGUGAAUAGAGUUAUGAUCCUGAAGGCUACAUCUGUAUGGUUUAGAGUUCAAAUGUAUAUUUUUAUAUGACGUGUUUGAAAUGUAGGUUGUAAUUUGUUGCUGAAUAAAAGCAUGUCUUAUUAUUAAACAAUGUAGCUUUGCUUUGUGAUUAUGAAUAUCUGUACAAUAUAAAGAGUGGAUCUGAA